AUGGUGGCUUCCCUCGUCUGGAUUAUUACCGGAACAUCGUCUGGAAUCGGUCGUGAACUCGCGUUUGCUGCCCUCCGGCGAGGUGACAAGGUCAUUGCGACUGGUCGCAGGCGGUCAUUUGAUAAACUGGACGACCUUCGAAAAGCAGGCGCUAAUACUCUAGAGCUUGAUGUAACUGCAUCACCCGUAGAUCUGGCAGAGUGUGCUAGAAAAGCUAUAGAGAUGCAUGGCCGUAUUGACGUUCUUGUCAACAAUGCCGGUUCUUAUCUUACCUGCGGUGCUGCUGAGGAACUCACACCAGAAGAAACUUACGAUCAAUUCAAUGUCCACCUCUUUGGCGCACUGAACGUUGCUCGUGCUUUUCUUCCGUACAUGCGUGAGCGGAAAUCCGGCAUGAUAGUCUGGAUUGGUUCGCUAUGUGGUUGGCAGGGAUCUGCGGCUUUAAGCAUGUACGUAGGAGUAAAGCAUGCUGUCAGAGGCAUAUCAGAAUCUAUGGACAUGGAAGUCAGUCCUCUCGGAAUCCGCAGCAUCAACAUAGAGCCUGGAUAUUUUCAAACGAAAAUCGUCGACCCCAACAAUCGUUCACCAUACGUGGACCGAAUUGAAGACUACAGGCCGAUGAUUGGUGCUAUAAAUGAUAUCUGUACAUCCCUUGAUGGAAACCAACGUGGUGACACCCGCAUGCUCGUUGAAAUCAUCGUGGAUGUGGUUAAAGGUCAAGGCGUUGCCUCAGGCAAAGUGAUUCCCCGAAGCUUACAGAUCGGCCCCGAUUGUUACGACGCUGUCAAGCAGGAUCUUACCGAGCGAUUGCAAGUAUUGGAGUCGUGGAAAGACGUCAUUAUUAGCACCGACUUGCCUGUGGAACCUCGACUGUGAUGAUAGGUCCUGAGUAAAUGUGCACUUUCUGUACCACGUAUCUCUCAUGCCUAUUACAUACUAGUGGCAUAUGUUGAUCUGUCCAAGACUGAUAGUCAACCAAUGACUGUCAGGAACGUAAACAGGAACCCACAUUUCAUCCAUGCAUGUGA